AUCUUUUUUAAACUUUUCAGAUUAUGUAAUCGGAAAAAUGGCAAAGUUAGAGAGAAGAAAUAGUACAAAUGCUCAUAACUCUACUUAUAUCCUUGGAAUAGAUAUCGGCACCACCAGUGUCAAAGUGUGUCUACUCAAUACACAAACAAGGGAGGUCGUAGUUAAAAACGUUAAGGAUACGCUGUCCAGUACUCCUAGUGAGCUAGGUGUGAGUGGGGAUAAACAAGAUGUUUCAAAAAUAUACUCUGCACUCCACUCUUGUAUUUCUAGAAUAUCAAAAGAGUUACUUCGACGUGUGAUUCAUAUCUCGGUUUGCGGUCAGAUGCAUGGAGUAGUUUACUGGAAACAAGAAGAAGGGUGGACAAGGAACUCUAAAGAUCAAGUGGAAGUUGGCUCCGGAGUUUCUAGCCUGUACACUUGGCAGGACGGACGUUGUACGCCAGACUACCUUAGUACACUUCCCAAACCAAACUCCCAUCUUACAUUAAACAGUGGAUACGGUUGUGCAACUACAUUUUGGUUUCUGCACAAUAGAACUGAAUAUAUAAAACAGUUUGACAGGUUUGGAACAAUAAUGGAUUUUAUUGUAGCGAUGAUUCUAGGUCUAGAAUUUCCCGUCAUGGCAGACCAGAAUGCAGCAAGCUUUGGGUACUUUGAUUCUAUAAACAUGAACUGGAAUAAAGAUCUUCUACAAGAGGCAGGAUUUUCAACUAACCUGCUACCUCAGGUAGUUAGAGCUGGAAUAUCAGCUGGUAACCUUGUAAAAGACUGGUUUGAUGUUCCAGCUGGUACACCGGUCAGCGCAGCUAUGGGAGAUCUACAGUGCAGUGUGAAGUCUACUUUAGAAACCCCAGAAACUGAUGCAGUUGUUAAUGUCUCGACAAGCGCGCAGAUGGCCUUUGUACAACCAGAGGGAUUUCAGCCCAAAUUAAUCUCCAACGAAAACCUUCAUAAACCUGUAGAAUAUUUUCCAUAUUUUGAGGACCGUUAUAUUGCGGUAGCAGCGUCUAUGACUGGAGGAAAUGCUUUAGCUGCUUUUAUUAAAAUGAUUCAGCAGUGGGUAAUACAGCUUGGGGUCAACGUGACACAGUCGAAGAUCUGGGAAACUGCGCUUGCAGCUGGUUUUGAGGAGAAGAAUGAACCUAGUAUAGAUAUACUUCCAACUAUAUUUGGAGAAAGGCAUUCUCCUGAGCAGAAAGGAUCAGCAGUCAAUAUCAACCAGGGUAACCUAGGCCUGGGUGAGGUGACUAGAUCUGUUUGUCGCGGUAUAAUUGCAAACCUAGCAGCUAUGAUGCCUCCUGAAAUGCUUAAACAGCGUGGAAUAACAAGGAUAGUUGGAUCAGGAGCUUGUCUAAUAAGAAACCAGGUGUUACAACGUGAGAUUCAGGAGCAGUAUAGACUCCCUGUAAUAUUUGAGGACGAGGGAAAUGCUUGUAUCGGAGCUGCUUUAGCUGUCUCAGACAAGUUUUACCCAACUGUGAUAAAGAAAAAAUAGUCCGGAAUUCUUUGGACAUUUUUUAGCUAGGUUAGCAGGAUUCAAUAAAAAUUAUUUCAUACCACCAACAGCUUUUUUAUAAAGAAAUGAAUAUUUAGUAUUCUGUAAAUAUACAACAUACAAUAUUCUAUGUAUACUGUAUAGAAAUACAAUAUAUGUACUAUUUAGACAAUAUAAAAUCACAUCA